CGGCGGCGGAGCCGUGCGCCGCGGCGGGGCAGUGCGGAGCGGCGGGGGAUGCGGAGCUGCCGGCUCCCGGGCAGAUGAUGGCGAUACGCGAGCUGAAAGUGUGUCUGCUUGGAGAUACUGGGGUUGGGAAAUCGAGCAUUGUUUGUCGAUUUGUCCAGGACCACUUUGAUCACAAUAUUAGUCCUACUAUUGGAGCAUCCUUCAUGACUAAAACUGUGCCGUGUGGGAAUGAGCUUCAUAAAUUUCUAAUCUGGGACACAGCUGGUCAGGAACGGUUUCACUCCCUGGCUCCAAUGUACUAUCGAGGUUCAGCAGCAGCUGUGAUAGUCUAUGACAUCACCAAACAGGAUUCAUUUCAUACUUUGAAGAAAUGGGUGAAAGAACUAAAAGAACAUGGUCCUGAAAACAUUGUGAUGGCCAUUGCUGGAAACAAAUGUGAUCUUUCUGAUAUCAGGGAGGUUCCUAUGAAGGAUGCCAAAGAGUAUGCAGAAUCUAUAGGUGCAAUUGUUGUUGAAACCAGUGCAAAGAAUGCUGUUAACAUUGAAGAACUUUUUCAAGGAAUAAGUCGGCAAAUUCCACCCUUAGAUCCUCAUGAAAACAGUAACAAUGGAGCAAUCAAACUUGGAAAGCAGACUUCACAGACGGGUAGGCGGUGCUGCUGACCCGGCUUGAUCUUUUUAGAUUUACUUGAAAAACAGCACCAUUUGCUUUUUCACUGAGAAAGGACUACAUGAUCUCAGUGAUGUGGCUCCUUAUUUUGAAAGCAGUAAUAUCAAUACUUCCCAUGAGCAAUAAUACAAGGACCAGAAGCAGAAGGCUUUUCUUCAAAGAGAUUUUGCGAAACAGUUGGAAAAUCCUCUCUUAAUAUCCUGUCGAAAUUACAGUGUCAAAGUACUCUGCUUCUCUUUUUAAGCCAAGGACUGGGGUUUUUUUGUUGUGUUUUUGUUUUGGUUUGGGUGGUUGUUUUUUUUUUAAUAAAACAUCCUUUUAUAUAUAAAUUCUAGAUUUACUGCAAAAACUUCUCUUCUUACAUUGCAAAGUGGACUUUCUCUGUAAUAACAGGGUGAAAAAAGCCCAUAGAACCUGACUUCUGGCUUACUGUUUCUCUACCAUCUUUCUGGCUGGACUCUGCUUCUGUAUUUUUCUAAAUUUGUAGCUUCCUCUCAUACUUUCAGUAAACAUAAUCAAGAAAUGGACAAAAUUUGCUAACUAGAAAAAAAAAAUGGAUACAAAGGAUGAGUGAGUGCAAUUUUUAUCGGCUAGAAGUCAAAAUCUGUGUCAGGAGGUGCUGUGUAUGUGAAAGGAGGAGUUGUCAUGAAGGAGACUGCUGGACCCCAUGCAGUUCCCAGUCUGUUCUGGAAAGAAGUGAAGAUGCAGCCACUGUGGAUUGAUUCUCUUUCUAGCGUGCAGGCUUAAUUCAUUACUGAAAUUAUAAAAACAACAUAAAUGACAUUUCCACUACUUACCAGGUUUCCUGUAAUUCUGUGCCCCAGACCAUAAGCUGUCUCUGCUCAAAGAUACCACUUCCCUGGUUUCUAGAAGAGAGUUCCAUGCAGCCCCACUCAUUUGUGGUCUCACUGCAGAGCUUCCAGAAGUCUUCCAAGUCAGAAGAAUUAUAUUUCUGUACAAUAACAGCUUAAGAGAUCAUAAUAUAAUUUGGGGUUAAAGGCUGGAAUGUAAUAAAACAAACCAGAAUGUUUUUUUACAAUUCUGUCAAUUUGUGGAGUAGUCUCACCCAUGUGGUGAUGCGGCCUGGAAGACCCACUGUGUGAUAUCUUUGAAGCUUGAUGCACUUGAAAAUACGGUGUAGAAAAAAAAAGUCCAAUAGGUGGCUAUGAACUAGAAAUAAUGUAAAACUUCCAACUUUUAUGAGUGUGCAACUGAGAUGAUAAAACACAAAUUGAUCUUCAUCUGUUUCACUGGAAAUCAGAACUAGGGUAAAAAUGCAGGCUUCAAAACCAAAGCCCAGCCUGCAUUCCACAAUGUUAUUUUGUUCUCUUACGAGGAAAAUUAACCCCACUGCACAUUUGGUGGGGGACUUAGGAAAAGCAAACUAAGAGGAAAAACAACUUUUCACAAUAAAUCAUGGACAGGCAGGCUAGAACUGGGUUUCCAUGUUUAUACAUAAAAAACAGACCUUAUUGCUUGGUUGUGAGAUUGCUUUGAUAAAAUGUCACUAAUUCUUAGGGCUUGAAACAGAGCCAGAUGAAAUCAACAGGAACAUUUCUUUGUCUUCAGAGGGCUUGAAGUAGUUAUAGGUGGGAAAUGUCCUACUGGAUUUUAUCUAAGAAUCUAGGCUGCAUUGUUUUUUUUCACAUAAUUGUUUUUUAUUCAGAUACUUUAGACUCCUUUGAAAGCACUCAUACUUGAAAAUAUGCCCUUGGGUAAUACAGACACUCAGCCAGCUACCAUAUGAAAGGAUAUUCUGGGUAAACUUUCAGUUGUCACCUGUGCUGAUCUGCGAUGCACGUCGCUGCUUCUUUGCAGCAACUGUUUUAAAGAUAAUCCAGGGUUAGUUAAGUACCUUGCAUAAUCCAAUUUAUGCUAGAACUGGCAAUUUAUGCUGAUCUGUAUGGAAUAAAUGUUGUCCUGAACAAUCAGGUCUCACAGCUGCCACUGAGAUGUAUGUGAAUCAUAACAGGUUUAUGAGUUACAUGUUAAAAUAGUUUAAAAUUGAAAGUUGUUACAGUGGAUCUCUGAUAGGUGUUAAAAUUCAAGUGCAGGCAGAGUAAGCUGAAAGAUAUUUUUGCAUUUGGUGGGUCAAAUCUAAAUCACCUUAUUCUGCUUUCAGUAAAGAAAAAUAUUUAAAUGAAUAAGGAUUCUGAUUGUAUAAGUUCAUGAGGCUUAUGUUACAUUAAGCUUCAGUAGGGAACUCUGAAGUCACAGGUGAAAAAAUAAAGGUCACUGUGCUGUGCAGAGCAGCUCACAUUUUCUUUGAUGACAGGACUCAUCUUUGGGGGUCAAGUUGCCUCUGUACUGUUUGUCAUGGCUGAAGUGCAGAUUUAACCUGCCUCUUCAAAUGGGGGAACAGUGCAUUUGAAAAAUUAUGACUUUUCAAAUGUAAAAUUCAUUAUUUAUGCUUUCUGUUGUUGCCUGUGUUACUUUGAAAGUACCACCACCCUUCAUAAACAGCAAGAACAAUGACAUACAAAAAAACCUGCAAACUUGGAGUCAAAGGUUUCAGCAGCAACCAGAAUUCCUCUUAGUAGUUAAUGGCUGGUAAGAAGCUAAAUUACUGUACAGGAGCACCUGACUCUGUAGCUGAUCUGCUAUAAUAAUAAUGAUGAUAAUAAUUAUAAUAACAACACUGCAGUUCUAGGUUGGCCAGCUGGUGCUGGAUUUGUCCAAGAUUAGUUUUCUCAAGGGAGCUGGCAGCAGGACUGAAGCACAGGCUGCAGUGCCAAGGAAGGUUGGUGGGGCUUGUUUGAACCAUGACUCAAGACUGUGACUGUCCAGUUGUGGGUAACUUGCUUUUCUGGCUUGUCAUGAACUAGUUUAAAAACAAGAUUAUGAAGGAACUAGUUUUCAUAUAUGCUCUGCAUAUGUGUGUGUAUAUAAGUACAAUUUUAUAUUGUUAUGCUGACAUGUAGUGGUUUUUUCACUAUGUCUGGUUCUCAUUUACUGCACAUUGUAUUCUGUAAGUACAUUUUUUUGUUAAUGAUUAUUUCACCUUUAUGAACUUAAAGCUACAACCUGAAGGUAGCGAGAAGAUGGAGAUACAGAUAGGUACAAUUGUUGACUUCCCAGUCUUAUGCACGAAAAUGCCAUAUUGUAGAAAUUGUCUUGCAGACUGAGAAAACUAAAAAAAGGUAAUGAUUAUCCAAGAAUGGGGACUCAGAAGUAUCCAAGUUACACUAAAAAAAGGAAAAGAAAAAACAAGAAAAAACACAAUUUUGUUCAUGGUACAGCAAGUCUGUUUCAAGUGCUACACUAUUCCACGGGUUUGUGUCAAUACCUGGAAAAGUUAUCUAUCAUCCCUUGUCUUCACUAAUCCUGUGUGGCACAUGGUAAUAACCAUGACUAGAUAAAUUACAUGUGAGCACUCUGACAAUAAUCAGACCUUUUAAGUACAAUGAUAUAUUUUACUACCCUUAAUUAUUUAAACCCGAGUCAGUGUAAAGUUUUCAGUUUAAAAUCACCUACUAAGUACUCUUCCUCUGUUUUGUUUAUAUAAGAGCUUUGACUGGGCUGGACCCACUUGCUUCAUGUAUGGGAUGCUGCAAUCUGUUAAUACUUUACCUUCUGUUUUACUUAUUAAUUGUAUCAUACCUAAUAAUAUUUUUUGCCCUAAAAUGUAGGUUUUGUGUUUUAUUUAACCUUUGAUGAUUAAUGCUAAUAAAUGUUUUAAGUACUUCUGA